GUCUUUCCACCGCCACUUUCCGCGGCAAGGAAUUCUUCACCGUCUUCCUGCAGAAUGACGAGGAAGGCACCCGCCCCCACAUCCACCUCCUCUUCACGGCUUACUUCAACUCCACCAAGGUGACGGUGACGAUGCACGGCGGCACCUUCACCGACACCGUCACCCUUGGGAAGGACGAGACGGUUUCACUCCACGUCCCUGGGAACGUGGAGCUUGUCGGCAACCGGCUUUCGGAUAAAGCCGUCGUGAUUCGGUCCACCAAGGAGAUCUCCGUGGUGUCCGUCAACUCCAAGAGCUACACCGUCGGUGCCACCGCCGUGCUGCCCGUAGAUAAGCUGGGCAACAAAUACUACGUGGUGACGCCGGAGGGCACCACGAAGGAAGGCUUGAAGGAGUUCGUCGUGGCGGCCGGCAAGACUUCGGCCACCAUUUCCAUCAACGCCAAGGGCGGGUUCUAUUACAGAGGGAGGAAUUACUCCCCUGGGUCCACCCUCCGCAUCUUCUUGAACCCCUACCACAGCUUCCAGCUGCAAAGCAACUACGAUUUGUCCGGCACCAAGAUCGCGUCGGACAACGCUGUCGCGGUCUUCAGCGGACAUAGCUGCGUGAAGAUGCGCACAGGCUGCGAUUACGUGGUUGAGCAGCUCCUGCCUGUCGCUGCGUGGGGGAGAGCCUACGUUGUCCCCCCCAACCCGCUGCAGAAGGACACCGACUUUGCCUACGUGGUGGCGGACGAGAGAGCCUCCGUCACCUACGCCAGGGGGGAUUCGGCUGCCACGGAGGACAUGGCGGCCGGGGAGGUCCGCAAGUUCGAGAUUAGACAAAAUUCGCCUCUUUACGUGAGCGCUUCGGCUGCCGUUCAGGUGGUUUUCUUCUUCACCGGUGCCAAGAAGGGCUCGCUUAGGCAAGACCCCUUCCUGCUCAACAUCCUACCCAUCUCCAGCUACUGCACAUCCUACCGGCUCAGCAGCCUGGAUGGCUACGAGAACCACCUGGUCCUCGUCGCCCGACGUGCGGACACCAGCACCACCACCCUCAACCAGAAGACAGACAGAACCAUGUCCUGGCGAGCGAUUCCUGGCUCAGGCUUCUCCUGGGCCACCGUCACCAUGAGCAAGCCGGCAGAAAUCCAGAGCGCCGAGCACCAGCGGACGCCCUUUGGGCUCCUGGUCUUCGGCUUCCAGAAUUACGCCGGUUAUGGCUUCACCGGUCUUUGUGCCACGACUUCUGCUCCGCUUUCCUGCGAAGACCUGGGCUGCAAGGAGAGGUGCGAGGUGGUGGACGGGCAACCCACAUGCAUCCAAGGAACCGACUCAACCUGCUGGGCCACCGGUGAUCCCCACUACCAAACCUUUGAUGGGAAAGUCUUUGAUUUCAUGGGCACGUGCACCUACACCUUGACCAAGACCUGCGAUCCAGAUCCGACCCUGCCCAUCUUCAGCGUCGAGGCCAAAAAUGAACACAGGGGUAACCUGAAGGUCUCCUACGUCGGUUCCGUGACCGUCCAUGCCUAUGACAUUACCAUCACUGUGGUCAGGUCCGAGAACGGGAUCGUGAGGGUGAACAACCAUCGUUCCCGCCUCCCCAUCUCCCUCGCCCAAGGGAAACUCCGCCUGCAGCAGAAGGGCAAGUCCGUGCUGAUUAAAACCGACUUCAGGCUGAAGAUCCUCUACGACUGGGAUGACCACGUGGUGGUGCAGCUCCCCGGUAUGCUCUCCGGCAAAGUCUGCGGGAUGUGCGGCAACAGCAACGGCAACCCCCAGGAUGACGCCCUCAUGCCUGACGGCAGCCUGGCGCGGGACACCGUGGAGCUGGGCCGGAGCUGGAAGGUGGCCAACAAGAGCCAUCGCUGUUGGGACAGCUGCAGCGGGGACUGCGGACGUUGCCAAUGGGACGAGGCGGUGAAGUACAAGGGCGAGACAUCGUGCGGGUUGCUCACCCAAAGCCUGGGGCCCUUCGAGCGCUGCCACGCCGCCAUCGACCCCAACGUCUACCUGAAAAACUGCAUCUACGACCUCUGCGUGAACGACGGGCUCCACGCCGCGCUGUGCCAAGCCCUCAAAGCCUACGCAGACGACUGCCAAGAGGAGGGAAUCACCGUUUCUGACUGGAGGACACUGGCACAUUGUCGUGAGUAG